CCGGAACAUGCCCCUAGUUGAGUGAAAGACCCCGCACACGGGGCCCAAUAUUGCCUCCGCAGCCACCGGCUCACGGAGGGGACCAGCCUUCGAAGGGGCGCUUUUGCUCCGAGCAGGCGCCACUGCCGAGGCACCAGGUGGCCCCGCUCACGAGCCUGGCGCUCUUGCAGGGCAUCGGCCGCAGGCUGCAGGAUGGGUUCGCGCAGGUGGCGCCGAAGAGGCUGGGGCCUGACGGCGAGAUCGACGGUUGGACGAUCUCGUUCGCUGAUCCUCAGGUGGAGAAGGGAUUCCUGAACACAUCUAUACUCACCGCGAGCAGCUGCGGUCGUCCUUGCAGGCGCGUUUUGGUUAUCUUUGCCUUCUUUUGUGGGUUGGCUCUCCUGCAGAUGCACGUGGAGGAUGUCGAGUUCCUGACGCAGGAUGCAUCAGUAUGAGGCGGUGGUAGCUCGCCAUCCAAGUCGCGUGUGGCAGCGAAGAGUUGCCAGUGUUACUCGCAGCAGUCGUAUUGUCGGGUUCCGGCUUGAUGGGCACACGUGAGAUGGAGGGUGCAGCAAUUGUCGUUGCCAUAGUGUCAAACGCUCAUGCCUGCUUCAACACCUAUCACUCGAUUGCCCAGGCACUUGGCUUCAAAGAUCCAAGCAAAGUCUGGGUGAUGGACCUUUCUGGCUCAGACACUCCCUUCUUGUUGAUGCUCACUCUGGUUGUCGUGUUCAGAUGCAGUGCCGCUGCUUACCUCCUCGGCGGUCCAUACAUGAGACUAGCCUCGACCAAUCUGCUCCUCUUCGCCUUGAUUGUGCUGGUGGCGUACUCCGGGAAGCGGAGCUCUGAGAUUCAGGCCCGCUUGCUUCACCUGUCGUACCUGAGAGAUGAGGAGAUGCGCUUCCAGGCAGAGUUUUCUUCGGCAUGCCUGCAGGACCGUACGGACGUCGCCGUGGAGCCAGGAAGCCACAUGGGAGGCUCGUCGUACUUCCAGCAGCUCUUGGACGACGUUCGCCCCGACUGCGGCGGCGUGCUGCUCGCGGGGGGCUCGCGGUGCGCGGGGGGCUCGCAGUGCAUGCUGCCUGCCGCCCCGAGCGCGCCCGCCUGGUUCGGCCCGGCCGCCGCGUGGUGCGUGGCCGAGGCCCGCGACGAGGCCACGCACCAGUGCUCGUUCUGCCUGCCGCUGGACGCCGGCGUGUGGGUCGAGGGCCGUGCCAGCACCUGCGCCCUGCGGGACCUCGAGCGCGGUCAGCGCGUGCUGUGCUACGACUCGCUGGGGCGGUCGAUCAGGUACGUCGAGGUGCUCGAGAAGCGGGCCGACUUCGGAGAGGUCCCCUGCGUCGGCGGCGGCCUCGGCGACAGGACGCAGCUGGGGAUGACGGCGGACCAGCCCGUGCAGCUGCCAAGCCAGAGAGAGGUGGUCCAGGCUGCGGACCUGUCCCUGGGGAAAGACAGCGUGGUCGUGCACGAGGUGGCGCGGCAGGCGGAGGCGCGGGGGGCACGCGGGCGGGCCCACCUGGUGGUGCGGCACCCCGACGGGCGCUUUGUUCUGGUGGCGAGGCGCGUCAUGGACGUGUGCGUCCCCCCCCGUGGCGGCAAUCGGAGAGCACCCGCGGCACCUCCCUGCGCGCUCACUGAGCUGAGGAGGGCGAGAGCUUGCGGGUGGCCUGGUUGUCAGCCGCCCUGGGCUGCGACCUUAUCAAGGGCUCGGGCGAGGAGGGACAAUCAACGGCCUCGCAGGCCUCAGCAGCGACAUGUAGACGCUUGAGCUUUGGUAAGCGGCCGCCCACCUUUUCAGGCGAGAUUUGAGCACUUCCGCUCUUCUUUGCUUCCUCCUCCUUUCUCCUUCUCCUCUGUGGACUGGAGGGCUGGGGAACCCGUGGCAGCUGAGGCCGCGUCAGAUGCUGAUCCCUCGAGUUCCGCUGGAGUAGCCAGAACUGAACUCCGCUGGCAGGAGUUUGGCUUCGACUUGGGAGCAGGGCC